AUGGAAGACACUCCAUUGGCCUCGUUGUCUCUGACGCACGUUCAUUAUAACCCCGACGAUCCCCUAUCCUUCUUGUCGGCAUGGCUCGCCCUACUCCCACAGGCCCUUGUCGUCUCAUACGCGACCUUAAUAUGGGCCACCAGAGAAGUGGAAGUAGUCUUGAUGUUUGCAGGCCAGCUGGGCUGUGAGGGCUUGAACUUUAUCCUCAAACGGAUCAUUAAGGAAGAACGUCCGAAGGAAAUGUUUGGCAAGGGAUAUGGCAUGCCAUCGUCACAUGCACAGUUCAUGUCAUUCUUCGCCGUGUAUCUUACUUUGUUCCUGCUGUUUCGGCAUACUCCGGCCUAUGCGAGCUCCUAUCCUCUCACUGGCACCUUGCUACGAGCUGUUGUGGUUUUGGGGUUAUGUGUGAUAGCAUCUGGGGUUGCAGCAAGUCGCGUCUACUUGAGCUAUCAUACCUCACGGCAGGUGUUUGCAGGUUGCAGCGCCGGAGUCGUAUGCGCCUUUGGUUGGUUUGCAAUCACCGGCUUGCUUCGACGCUGGGGGUGGAUUGACUGGGCUAUUGAUUUGACCGUGGUGCGUUUAUUGCGUAUUCGUGACCUCGUUGUAAGUGAGGACUUGGCCGAGGCUGGCUGGCAACGUUGGGAAACACGGAGGUUGAAGCACCGCAAUGAAGCACCCAAAACUGAGUGA